CCUUCCAGCCGCUGUUGGCCUACAGCUCCCAUCAUCCCUGGCUGCUGGCCAGUGGCCACUGUGAGCGGGGAGGAUGAUGGGAGCGGCCACAGGCCGGCAGUAACCGCUGGAGGGCCGCAGCAGCAGCAGCUGGAUACCCAGGGAAGGGGGGGCUCCUCAAAAGAAACCGGGGAGGCUGACGAGAGAGACGCUGCUUUUCCCGCGUUCCGCAGGGGGGGAAACAGCGAGCGCGCACGCGCACGCUCUCCGCUUCGCGCUCUGGCGGGCUGCCGCGCGCCGCCUCUCCUCUCGGCCGCCGUAGCCCCUGCUGGUGGAGCCCGUGCGGCAGCAGGCCUUCUUCCGCCCCCUCCUUCCCCCACCGCUGAGAGGAAGAGAAAGGCAGGGACGGGACAGGAGUCGGGUAACAAGAUGGCGGCCGCUCCGCGGUGGUGGUAGUGGCUUCCGCUGCAGCUGCUGCGGGUCCGGCGCAGGGGACAGGGGCGAAGACGGCGACGGCGGGCCCGGGCGCCAUGAGGAGCGGCCGGCGCAAGGCCUCCUGAGCGGAGUUCCCUCGACCCUCACCCGGCGGGGCCGGGCCCCCACCAUGUCGGACACCCGGCGGCGGGUGAAGGUCUACACGCUCAACGAGGAGCGGCAAUGGGACGACAGGGGCACCGGGCACGUCUCCUCCACCUACGUGGAGCGGCUCAAGGGGAUGUCGCUGCUGGUGCGGGCCGAGUCGGACGGUUCGCUGUUGUUGGAAUCGAAGAUAAAUCCAAACACUGCAUAUCAAAAGCAGCAGGAUACUUUGAUUGUUUGGUCAGAAGCAGAGAAUUAUGAUUUAGCCCUGAGUUUUCAAGAAAAAGCUGGCUGUGAUGAGAUUUGGGAAAAAAUUUGUCAGGUUCAAGGUAAAGAUCCUUCAGUGGAAGUCACACAGGACCUCAUUGAUGAAUCCGAAGAAGAGCGCUUUGAGGAAAUGCCUGAAACAAGUCAUUUGAUUGAUCUCCCUACUUGUGAACUCAACAAACUCGAAGAGAUUGCAGACCUAGUUACCUCAGUACUCUCUUCGCCCAUCCGUAGAGAAAAAUUAGCCUUGGCUUUGGAAAAUGAAGGCUAUAUUAAAAAAUUAUUGCAGCUUUUCCAGCUUUGUGAGAACCUAGAAAAUACUGAAGGCUUACAUCAUUUGUAUGAAAUUAUUCGAGGAAUUUUGUUCCUCAAUAAAGCAACUCUUUUUGAGGUGAUGUUUUCAGACGAGUGCAUUAUGGAUGUUGUGGGAUGCCUUGAGUAUGACCCUGCAUUAGCGCAGCCAAAAAGGCACAGGGAAUUUUUGACCAAAACAGCAAAAUUUAAAGAGGUCAUACCAAUAACAGACUCUGAACUUAGGCAAAAGAUUCAUCAGACUUACAGGGUACAGUACAUUCAGGACAUCAUCUUGCCAACGCCAUCUGUUUUUGAAGAAAAUUUUCUUUCUACCCUCACUUCUUUCAUUUUCUUUAACAAAGUUGAGAUCGUCAGUAUGCUGCAGGAAGAUGAAAAGUUCUUGUCUGAAGUCUUUGCACAACUAACUGAUGAAGCUACUGAUGAUGACAAAAGGCGUGAACUGGUCAACUUCUUCAAGGAGUUUUGUGCAUUUUCUCAAACAUUACAACCUCAGAACAGAGACACUUUUUUCAAAACAUUGGCAAAGUUAGGAAUACUUCCUGCUCUUGAAAUAGUAAUGGGCAUGGAUGAUUUGCAAGUCAGAUCCUCUGCGACAGAUAUAUUUUCUUAUCUGGUAGAAUUCAGUCCAUCCAUGGUCCGGGAAUUUGUAAUGCAGGAAGCCCAGCAAAGUGAUGAUGAUAUCCUCCUCAUCAACGUAGUCAUUGAGCAAAUGAUCUGUGACACAGACCCCGAGCUCGGAGGUGCUGUUCAGUUAAUGGGGCUCUUACGUACUCUAAUCGAUCCCGAGAACAUGCUGGCCACAGCUAAUGUAAGAAAAUGGAAAGGGAAAACUGAGAAAAGUGAAUUUCUCAAUUUUUUCUACAACCAUUGUAUGCAUGUUCUUACUGCUCCACUUCUGGCAAAUACAUCAGAGGACAAGAGUGACAAAGAUGCGGUAGUUGGAAGCAACAAGAGUAAUACAAUAUGCCCAGACAACUAUCAAACAGCACAGCUGCUUGCCUUAAUUUUGGAGCUGCUUACUUUUUGUGUGGAGCACCACACAUAUCACAUCAAGAACUAUAUUAUGAACAAGGAUUUGCUGAGAAGGGUCUUGGUCUUGAUGAAUUCAAAACACACUUUCUUGGCACUGUGUGCUCUUCGUUUCAUGAGGAGGAUAAUUGGCCUAAAGGAUGAAUUUUAUAACCGUUAUAUCACCAAAGGCAACCUCUUUGAGCCAGUUAUAAAUGCUCUUUUGGACAAUGGAACUAGGUACAAUCUGCUGAAUUCAGCGGUCAUUGAACUUUUUGAAUUCAUCAGAGUGGAGGAUAUCAAGUCACUUACUGCACAUAUAGUUGAAAACUUUUAUAAGGCACUUGAAUCCAUUGAAUAUGUUCAGACAUUCAAAGGACUGAAGACGAAAUAUGAGCAAGAGAAAGACAGACAAAGCCAGAAACUGAACAGCGUCCCAUCUAUACUGCGUAGCAACAGGUUCCGCAGAGAUGCUAGAGCCUUAGAGGAUGAUGAGGAAAUGUGGUUCAAUGAAGAUGAAGAAGAAGAAGGUGAAGCCGUUGUGCCCCCUGUAGAGAAAUCCAAGUCGGAGGAUGAUUUUCCAGAUAGUUACGAGAAGUUCAUGGAAACAAAAAAAGCAAAAGAGAGUGAAGACAAGGAGAAUCUCCCCAAAAGGACUUCAGCAGGUGGCUUCAAGUUCACUUUUUCCCACUCCGCCAGUGCAACUAAUGGAGCAAACAGUACAAACAGUAAAUCUGUAGCAGCUCAGACAUCACCGGCAAGUUCAAAUGGUUCCUCUUCCAAGAAUGCCAGUUUGACUGCAGCAGUCACAGCCACGAAGGGAAGCUUAGUGGGCCUUGUGGAUUAUCCAGAUGAUGAGGAAGAAGACGAAGAGGAGGAAACAUCUCCGAGAAAAAGACCUCGUCUUGGCUCGUAAAAAUCUUAAAACAAGCUCUGAUUUUGGGUGCUUAAACGCUGUGACUGUUUGAGCUAAAUAGUCUGACUCGGAAAGCUUUCUCCCUGGAAAAUACGCAAGACAAGGAGUAGCAAAAGAAAUUCGACUAGAAAGGUUUAGUUCUGAGAACACCAGACUUCCAAAGAAGCUAAUCUCUUUCUAGUCAACGAGUCUGCCAUUCAGGUGGCUAAAAAUGAAACUCGGAAUGGUGGGUUAGUAAUCAGCGCCUGGAUGACAGCUUGCCAGCAAAAGGAAAGUCUUGGGUUCUGUGAGGGGAUGGGGAUGGGAAAAGUAACCUUUUGAUAUUGCAGGGUUUUCCCCAUUUGUAUCCAAGCUAGAAGAAAAUUGUAAGGCUUCAGUUGCAAACCUAGUAACAUAACUUUGUAAUGGUGCUGUCCAUUGUGGGUUUUUUUUAGCAAUUGCCUCUUUGAUUCUUUCUUCCAUAAAAAUAAAUUCAGAAGUUGGGGACCACUUUUUGCACCAUCAGCCAAAUUAGAGGGAGUAGCACCCUGCUAUGUAGUGCAUGCUGAGUGGCAAUUUAUUAUUUUUUUUCCAACUCGGUAUUUUGGGAGGGGAAAAGAAGCUGGGUUCAAAGGAGGAUGACUAGAAGUUAAGAAGCUAUCCAGGAGAGUCAAUACCAAGGAUCAUCAGCUUUCAGAAGAAAAAAUUCUAGAAACCAUCAGUAAACCCUAGUACUUGAAAAGGCAUUAGUAUUGCAACUAGUAAUAUUGUUCUGUGGAAUCCAAGUUGGAGUCACUCCCUGCUAGAUUUAGAACAUGUUUUCCUUGAGCCAUCUGCCUUUCACAUUGGCGAGAGAGAGAGGGCUGCAUAAUGCUGCCAGAAGGUUGUGAAGCCUGCUAAAUUUGGGGGCAUAAUCAGUCAUUUUUUGACCAAUAGUGGCCCGGGGGCAGAGCCAGCAUGCAGCACCUUGAACUUAGGGGGUAGAGUACAAAGGUGGCUUCUUCACACAUUCCAUGUGUUUAAGUAAAUUUCAGAAGUACAUUAGGUAAAUGGAUGGAGGCAGCCAUUUUGAGACCUUUUUAUUUUCAGAGCAAGUGAACUGUAAAUAUUUUAAUGUUAGUUUGGCCAUAUAUGAUCUGAGAUCAUGCAGAAGAAAUUCCCCAAACUACAAAUGUGUCGAGAGUGAGAAUUAACUAUAAAACCAGCGGCAAUCCAACAUUGCAAAUCACUCUCGUAAUGUAUUAUGGGUCCAUUUCUCCUGGAACAAUUACUGACACAGUUUCCCUGUUUUGGAGAUUUUGUAGUUAAUUUUAAUUUUAGCUAUUGUUUGCAAAAGAUGGACUGUCUGUGUAGAUAUGAAGUAUAGUUUUUCCAUAAAACAGAAGUUUAUUUUGUAUUGGGGGGGGGGACCCACUGUACUUGUUUUACACCAUUUGUAUACAUGUGGUGAUAUUAAUGCUGAACUGUAAAAUUCAGGAAUUAAAAUGUGACCCUGUAAUUCCAUAAUUAUUGGUUUUGUUUGGUUUGUUGUAAAUGGUAAAUUAAUUCAGAUUUUGAAAUGUGGCCAUUUCAGAAGAUUUUAAUAAGAUUUGUACGAUUUAAUCAUUAUACACCACUGAAGCAAAUCUAGCAGAAAAAACAAAGAGUGCUUCUUGAUUUGAUUCAGUGUGGUGUGGUGACUGGCAGGUUAAUAUGCCCUAAAGGACAUAUCUCUCUGCUUUCUGGGGGCUCCAGGCAAUCAAGAAUGGGGCUUCCUUCUCACUCCUCCAAGCCAAGAUGUUCUUGUUGAAGGGAAGUGGUCAGGGAAACAAUGUGGCUGGCUCAACAGUGUUAUUGCUGUAGACUUGACCUCUUAUGUUCACUUUCUGUACUUCUGGUCUCUUUUUUCACUCCUCACAGUAACCGUUUUUUCUAAAUUUGGAUGGUUACCACUGGGGAAACUUAUUAUGUUCCAUUUCCCUUCACAGUGAAAUUCACCUGACCCCGUCACUGGGCUUUUUAAAAAGUCUCUGGAACGAGAGACCCAUAAAACAUUUGGGUACUCAUAAUUCUUCCAUCCUUUUUCAAAGACUGUUAUGAGCUUUAAGGACACGUGCAGACCAGCUCAUGAGUCACUUCUGUAGCAAAAAUCGGUGUUGCUUUUUAUAUUUAAUGUAAACAAUGGGAGGUGAUAUGUUGACAAAUAUUCAAACACUUUACCAUGCUGUGAAAGAUGAAGCUCCUUCUUUUUGAGUGAUAGUCUGCCUCAGGUGCACUCUUCCCUCCCACCUUUCCAGUUUGUAUGCUGGUUUGCAGCAGGACAGCCCACAUUUCAAAUGCCUGGGGCCCUUCAACCAAUUUUUUAAGAUAAAGAUUACAUCUGCCAACAUGUCUCAGUUAAAUACUAUUUUAAUAAAAAGUUACAUGAAAUGUG